AUGAACUUUUUUAGUGCAUCAUACAAUAGCAACCAGGAUCUUUUAGAUCAUUUAAAGAGUAGAGGAUUUUUAGAAAGUGAAACUGUCUAUCAAGCAAUGAAACUAAUUCCUCGUGGUGAUUUUUUACCUGUUGAACUUUUAGAUUCUGCAUAUCAAGAUUCCCCUCUUCGAUGUUCUAGAUAUGGAUUUAAUGCAAGUGCACCACAUAUCUAUGGAAAAUGUUUAUCAGAGUUGGAAAUUGAACAAGGUAAUAGUGUAUUGGAUAUUGGUACUGGUACUGGCCACUUUGCUGCCCUCGCAAGCUAUCUUUGUGGAUCACUAGGAAGAGUUCAUGGGCUCGAUAUUAAAAGUGAAAUUGUCAAUUUUGCAAGAUCCAACACUGAAACGUUCAAAUCAAAAUCUGGAUUGAAUAUCAAUGUUGAAUACUUUGUUCGAAAUUGUUUUUUGGCUGAUCCAGAUGACAAUGUAUAUGAUAGAAUUUAUGUAGGGGCUGCAUGUCCAAAAGAUUAUGUUCACCAAUUAUUAAAAGCAUUGUCCCCAAAUGGGAUAAUGAUAGUACCAGCUGGUGAAGAAUUAUUAAAGUAUGUCAAGGUUGAUGGAAAACUAAAAGUUCAGUAUUUACUUGGAGUACGAUACUCUGAAUUAGAACUUCCUCAUCAACAUGAAAUUCAAAUUUCUUAUAUUCAACAUGAAAGAGAAAAAAGUUUAAAAGUUUUAAUUCCAAAGAAUGGUAUUGACCAAUCAUUUAGACUAUUAAUCAACGAUCAAAAGUUUUCAGAUGUCCAAUUAUAUAUUCUAGGUAACAAAACUCCAAUCAAUGUUCAUAGUUUUAUCUUUUAUUGUAGAAUUCCAUCAUUUUUCAAAGAAUUUAUUGAACCACAACAAAUCAAUCUUUCAGAAUCACCUUUGGUAUCUAUUUUAUUGCCAGAUUUUGUGACAGAGAAAAACCUAAUGAUGGUUUUGGAAUAUGUUUAUUGUGCCAAAUUGAUUGACCCAACCAUUUUCGAAUCUAAUAAUAGUUCUCCAGAUCAAGUUAACCUCGAACUUGACAAUCUGCAUGAAACAUUAUUAUAUUUCAAGAUUGACAGUUUAGUUGAGUAUUUUGACAAUGUUUCAACCAUUUUACAAAAUCCCCAACCAUUCAACCUCUUUCAAGAUUGUCAAUCAAAACACUUACAAAUGUUGGUUCAAUCAUUCAACAAAAUUCCAGAAAAUAUUGGAACAGAUUAUACAUUUCAUUUUAAAGGUGGUGACAUUGAUAUUAUAUCAUCAGAGACAGUACCUCAUCUUUUAGAAAUAUCAGAUUUCUAUGAUGAUCAAUUCUUAAAGAGCCAUUGCGAAUCAAUUUUGGCAAAGUCAGUGGAAAUUGAUAAUGUUGUUUGUUUAUAUAUUUUAUCAUCAAGACUCAAUGCAAAACAAUUAUUUAGAAUCUGUAAAGAAUUUAUUAUUGAAAACUACCCAAAGGUUUCAAAAACUGCAAACUUUCAAGAUUUGGAUAAGGAACUAUUGUGUCAAUUGCUUCAAGAUAGUUGUUCAUACUUUCAAUUACUAUUUGAUAGAAAUGAUUCAAAAAUCAAAUCUGUUGAAUUAAAUGAAACCCAUAGCCAAAAUCUUUGA